AUGCCUGCCAAGUGGCGCAAUGCCACCUUGUUCAUGGGCCAGGAUCUCAACACGCUCGGCUUAGAUCUCGACAGCGCAGAACCACUCUAUCCGACCUUCACGCCGUUCCCGGCGCACAACACCUCGGGAUCUUCGUACGACUUCAAAGACAAGCAUCCUAUACCUCACUUCACGCUUCCAGCAGCGUACACGGUGAACAACGUCCCUGCGAUGCACACUCGGAUGGGUAGUUUCAGCGAAGAGACUCUCUUCCAGUGCUUCUACACCAUGCCUGGCGACAUCUGUCAGGAGCUUGCCGCCUGCGAACUCGUUACGCGCGAUUGGCGCUGGCACAAGGUGCUUAGACAAUGGCUGCAGAAGGAUUCGCGAGAAACGACUUCGAACAUUCCAAUCUACGAUCUUACCAAUGGUGCAACGCCUGGUCAGCCAUCUGUCAGGCUCAGCGAGAACACCGAGCGUGGCGUGUACGUCUUCUUCAAUCAGUAUGAGUGGCGUCGCGAGAGACGCGAAUUCACGCUGGACUACGAACAUCUGGAACUUGCCAAGACCAACCCAAUGAUCAGCACUUUGAGUAGCGAUCGGAGCAAUGGCAACAUGGCCGGCCUGGAUCCUAACAGCUUUCCCGCCUCGGGCGGCCUUCAAGCCCGGCAGAACUCGGUCAUCUCAGGCGGUGCUUAG